CCACACUGCCCUGGCUGCUUAUUUUGGCCUGCUCACUGUUCCUGACAGGGGGCUGGUCCGUUGUUGGAUGCACCCAAGGCGAUGCCGCUACUGCGCACCCUCUCCCGUUUGGCACGAGCUGCAUCGAACUCUUGGGAAAGAAGCACCAACGCCACCAAAUGCAGGGGCACAAUCUGGUUCUAUUGUGGCACGGCACGUUAGAUGCUGCCGUUGGCUGACCUGCCGUGGUCGCACAAAGCGGCCUAGCCACCCACCAUGGAUGGGACGGAAGGACGCGUUUCACACACCAGUAUGGUAUAUAUCAAGACCUCUAGGGACGGCCCGGCCAUCGAGAGGAUGAGUUUAUGCCUCCGAACUCAUCCUACCGCAUCUCCUACCGCAUCCGUAUCCUUCCUACCUUUUAGAGCGCCAAGCGUUCCUUCAAGCACAUAUUGCACGCAAUUCCUUGUGCGAACUCUCCAAACAUAUUUCACAAAAUCUCUCCUCUUAUUUCUUUCUCAUUCUCCCUCUGUGGGGCGGCCUCAUGCAAGCCUUCCUCCUCUUCGUCCUGUUCGUUCGGGCGGUUGUGGUACAAGGGCAACAGGGCCAGCAAAACAACAACACGCAGUGCUUUUUCCCAGGCGGCAAGAUUCAUGAAAGGGGAAUCGCAUGCGGUAGCGGCGCUGCUAGCUCUUGCUGCGAACCAAGUCAAACCUGUCUGAGCAACGGUCUAUGCUGGAAUCCCACAUCCAACCAAAUAGCCCGUGUUUCCUGCACCGAUAAAAGCUGGAAUAGCGAUCUCUGCCCGCGAUGGUGCACAACCGAACAGCAAGACUCUGCCUCAGAGCUGCGCCAAUGCUCGGGCAGCGCUGACCACUGGAUCUGCGGCUCACGUACCGACGACUGCAGCCGAAACUUCACCGUGCCGAUGGGUCAGAUUCGCGACGAGCGCCCAUUCUCGCAGAACGGCAUCCUGCAGGCCGGCACAUGCGUCGCAGACUCCAGUUCUGGUGGUGGUGGGGGCUCACCGGGUUGGUCCGGGAGAGGCCCUCCACCCUUCGUCACCGCCGCCCGUGGUGGCGCCGCCACGGCGACGGUCACGACCACUGCGUCCCCUGACGGCACUGCGCUUGCGACUGCCCUGGCUGCCGCCACCGCAGCCGGCCGAGAACAAGUCGAGGACUCGGACAGGAGGUUGGCGACCACGGUCGGUCUCGGCGUUGGCCUUGGCCUGUGUCUUCCCCUCACGUGCGCGCUCAUAGGCUCAUUGUUUCUGUGUCGAAAGGCGCGCCGGGAAGCGGCGGCCGCACGUGCCGAACUGGCCGACCUCAGAGACAAUUUCCAGCGCCAGGAACCGCAACCAUCGCGCCCAAAGCCCGACGAACACCAUCUCCUCCAUCCGUCCGUGUUCUCGUCGCCCACGCCUUCCCCAAUGCAUCCGCGGUUUCCGCCACUGUACGGGGGCGCCGCCGAGGACAAGCCCCAGGUGUACGAGGCGCCACACUCAACAGGCAUUCACCAGCUACCUGGCACGGCGGACGAGAUGGCGUACCUUGUCGAGGCGCCAAACUCUCCACAUGUGCCGCCCUCGAUACUGAACAGUGCCACGACGCAUCAACCGUCGCCUAUAAGUGUGCACUCUCGUCCAUUCCACCGAGCCGAAACACCACGAUAACGAUAAUCGACAACACUAUACACCACUACCCAUCACAGUACAUAUACACCUAUUUCACACCCAAGUGUGGGCCGCUGUAGAUGCCGCAUAGCGGAAUGUCUUCGUCGGGGUUGUUCGGGCCGCAUAUCUAGUCAUGUAGGAGUUAAAUUGUGUCUUUUUUUGGGAAAUUAUCACUCGGCGAGCAUGUUCCGGAGUUCCUUUUCUUUUUUUGGGGCUGGCAUCGAAUCGAUCUUAAUAUUCUCUUCUCCUAGCCGUUUUCUUUUUCGUGAGUGGUCUCCCAGAGCCACGCCGCAAACCUCGGUCAAGCCAGCCGAGCUCACACCUCCUUCCGCCGUCAUGCUCCGGAGCCAUAGUUAUCAGGUGUGAAUUUCUCUUCCUCUAGGCAAACAUAUGUGCAUGUGAGUUGUGAGGACCG